AUGGCUUCUAGAGUGUUCUCAUCACUUGGCUCAAAUGACGGUGGCUAUGAUGGCGGCAUCACAGAGGUCUUUGAGUUUGAAACAUCCAGAGCAAAAUUCAAUCAUCAAGAGCACGCUCGUGAGGUUGCCCGUCAGAGGCAGCACAUGCUCGCUGGAGAGUUGUCUCGCUUAGACGCAGGCGAAUAUCAACAGGACAUACUAGAUCAUAUGAUGCGCAUGGAUGCCGACACCCUACCAGACGUUGACUCUAUCGAUAUUCAGACGGAAAUUCAGUGGUAUAUGAGGCCCUACCUGCUUGAUUUCCUUGUGGAGGCCCAUUCGGCAUUCCAGCUACUUCCUGAGACUCUCUUCCUCACUGUCAAUAUUCUCGAUCGAUACUGCUCGAAACGAGUUGUGUACAAGCGACACUACCAGUUGGUCGGUUGUGCGGCAUUACUUGUUGCUGCCAAGUACGGGGACAAGAAAGAGAAGGUUCCAACAAUCAAGGAGCUCAAGUCAAUGUGUUGCUCACUCUACGAUGACGAUAUGUUUUUGCAGAUGGAAUGGCAUGUGCUAUCGACGCUCGACUGGAGCGUUGGUCACCCUACUGUGGACAGUUUUCUCAAGCUUGCCGUCAAGGACAGCAUUCCAGAUCCAGAAACCGAGAAUCUCGCACUUUACAUCCUCGAGAUGGGGUUAUUCCACCGGGAGUUUGUGUCCAAGCAAUCAUCUACGCUCGCUCUUGCAGCAUUGGCCCUCUCCAAACACAUUCUCGGCCGACCUCAAGCCAGAGCCGGCGAGUAUGCAUCUCGGUAUUGCGAAACGACCUUGGUUGAACUCUCUCAAAAGUUGCAUCAGCCCUCGGAGAUCCUCUCGCGGAAGUAUGCAUCCGGUCGAUUCUCAGGAGUUUCCCGUAUCCUCAACACGUUCCUGGUUGAUCAGGCAGCGCUGGCUGCAGCGGCUGCUGCAUCCCAGCGGGCACCGUCGCCAAGUCAUAGCUAUGCUUCGAUACCAAAGUCUCCCUACGUCGAACAGUAUGGCUACACUACACCGCAAAAGCCACAAUUCCAGUCAACCAUGCAACAUGGAUAUCCAACACCACCCAUCACGCCAGAAGAAGAGUACUUUGGCAAGGAUCCUCGAAACCACUCCGUUCCUAAUCACUACACUCCCAUCACACCUACACCGACCGCACCAAUGUCCCAGUGCUCUGGUUUCGACUAUCGAGAUGAUUAUAGAACUGCUCCACCCUCGUGGGUGUUUGAAACGUACCAUGACAGUCGAUACACAGGUAUUGUGUGA